CCUUUUUUUUCUUCUGCGUUAGCGCCGCGGUUUAUCGCCGAAAGGAGCGCCGGGUUGGGCGUGUGUGGCCGUGUGCUACCGUCGCCGCUUUGGGAAGGUUCUUUGCGUGCGCGCCCGGUAUCCGUCUCUCUGCACUCCUGGAUUCGUCCACCUCGCUGUGCUGUGCAACGCUUCCGAGCCGAUUGUGCGACCCGCUUGCUGCGGUGCAACGUCGGGGCUCGCGCGCGCUCGGGCGCGGGCGAAAUUUGCACGCUCGUUUCGCGGGGCCGGCUGUGGCGAUGCCGUCGUCGUCGGCGAGUGCGCGUCGGUGUCGACGGCGGCGCGCGAGCCGGAGCUGCCGCGCCGGCUUUGGCCGCCAUGCGUGAUGCGUUCACGGUGCUCGUCUAGGACCCACCGUCGUCGGCCGAUGGACGCGUGCGUCGGGAUUCCCACGUGAGUGUCGACACCCAUGGGGAUCAGCCGCGGCUCUGAGCGCUGGACGCCGCCGGCCGACGUGCGACCCAGACUACCGGUGCUACUGCGCAACCGCCGCCAGCCGUGCUGCUGCUGCCGCCGCUACGGCUACCGGUUUUCGGCGUCGUCGCCCGUGAUUCUCUUCCUGGUGGCUUCGGCGCUCCCGCUGCUGGCCGGGUCCGACGCGAACGGCACGGAGGCAAUAGCCAACGAUGUCCGGAACUGGGCGUGGCGUUUUGGUACCGAGAUCUCCAACCAGAGUCUAUUUGCGUCGAAUUUCACCGAGAUUAAAGAGAACUUCGAAGAGUUCAAGGCGAAGCCUCACCACAAGGACAUCGCGCAGCUGACAGAGAAGAUUCUUAGGGACUUGGGCAACCUAGUGAGCUCCAAAACGGAAUCUCUUAAGGUUUUGAUACAAGAAGCCGAGAAAAAUGCCAAAGACCACAAGUACAGCACAGACAUCGACUUUCGCUACUUCAACGCCAAGAAGCUGUACCGUCCCAACAAGAUGCCCAAGCUGUCCGAAGACGAGGACCCGGACGACUGGAUGCCCAUGGAGAUGCACCAGGACCGGCGCUUUGAUGACGCCGACGUCAACUUCACCUACAGCGCCAUUCACGUGGCGACCAACAUAUACUACAAGUCGGCGUCGGUGCUCAACGCCGUCAAGUGGUCGGAGGGGAUGAACUCCCGCUUCAAGAACAACCGCGUCGUCGACCCGUUCAUAGCCUGGCAGUUCUUCUGCAGCAGCACUGGGUUCAUCAGGCUCUUCCCUGCCCGGAAGUGGCCUGACGACGAACCCGACAUGUACGAGUGCCGCACAAGGCCAUGGUACGUGCAGGCCGCGGCCUCGGCCAAGGACGUGGUCAUCCUGCUCGAUGGCAGCGGGUCCAUGAUGGGGCUGCGCAAGGAGAUCGCGCGCAACGUCAUCGUCAACAUCCUCGACACGCUCACCGAGAACGACUACGUCAGCAUUCUCAGGUUCUCCAACGUGAUCGAACCCGUUGUGAGCUGCUUCCAUUACAACUUGGUGCAGGCCAACGCCAGAAACGUCAGGGAAUUCAAGGAAAAUCUCAGCAAACUGGAAACGGUGAACAUCGCCAACUUCACCGCAGCCUUAAAGCAGGCUUUCGAGAUGCUUCAACACUACAACAAGUCCCGGCUUGGCAGUCAAUGCAACCAAGCCAUCAUGCUCGUCACGGACGGCGCUCCCUACACCUACGAGGAGAUCUUCAGGCACUAUAACUGGCCAAACAUCCCGGUUCGUGUCUUCACCUACCUCAUCGGUCGAGAGGUGACCGACACCCGGGAAAUGAAUUGGAUGGCCUGCGCCAACAGAG